UACACACCACAAUGGACUAUGUUAAGAAAGCAAUCUGGGGGCCGGACCCUAAGGAACAACUAAGAAGCUGCAACACGCUCAUCAGAAAGAACAAGCGUCAGCUUGACCGAGAACUUGCCACAUUCCCGAGACUAGAGAAGCAAACGGAAGCGUUAAUAAAGCAACACGCCAAGAAGGGCGACACGCGCACGGUACGCAUGUUUGCGCGCGAGUUGCUCCUCAUCAGAAACCAAAAGUCGCGGAUGUUGAAGUCCAAGGCACAGCUCGAGAGCAUAGGCAUGAAGGUCAACGAGCAGUUCGCCGCUCAGAAGAUACAGAAGACGAUGGUGGACUCGACCGUCAUUAUGCGUGACGUGAAUCAGUUGAUCCACAUUCCCGCGCUAUCCAACACCAUGCGCGAGUUGGAAAGGGAGCUAAUGAAGAGCGGCGUGAUCAACGAAAUGGUGGACGACCAAAUGGACAUGAUGAACGAUGAGGAGGAAGAGGAAGCGAACGAGGAGGAAAUCAACGCAGUCAUCGACAAGAUUGUUGCGGGCGUAAUGGGUGAUAAGUUGGACAAGGUCGCGGGAGCCCCAAGCACGGAAUUGGGCCACGCUGAGGAAGAGCCGGCAGACACCGUGGACGAGGACCAGGAGGCCUUGAACGAGAUGCGAGAACGGUUACGCGCGUUGCAGAGCUAGAGCCGAGAAAUUAUAGCAUGUUAAGUGUAUUUGGUUUAAUCGUCCGAUAACGUCCGAUUGUGGUGAUAUAUUUGGUUUAACCGUUAUAUCGAAUGGUUACAGUGAUACUUUAGUCAGCCCCAUUUUAUUAGAGUAGGAUCGUAGUUACGGCGAUGAGCACCACCGCUCCCGUAAACGACCAUGACCGCGCAUCCAGGUUAGGCCCG